AUGGACUCAUCAUAUUCCUUCUGGCCAACACUCGAAGUCAUCUGGCACCGGCACAUGAAAGCUUCUAAUGACCAAUAUAAGCCGUUAAGUUAUAGACCUGCUAUCAUCCUAUGCCCCAAGGCGCCCAAAGGAGAUGAGCUUAUCCUCAGCCCAAAGAUGACAAAGGAGUACGUUGAUGUCGGGCUGAUUGUCGGAGAUGUCCCUGAAAAGCACUCGAGAAAAGGCGAGUCUGAGAUCCCCGAGAUCACCAAGGGCCAGGGUCUCGACAUCAAGACCCUUGGAAAGGCCCCGAACUCUGGCAUAUGCCAGUAUAUAAUCUAG